CAGAGAGACAGGAGCCGUCGGAAGGCCGGCCCUGGUGCAGCAAGGGGCCGCACCUCCGGCCGGGGCCAAGCGUACUGCCCGCGUAGUCACGCCCCCACACACCGCCCAUUCCACUGUCGGCCUCGCCCACGGCCUCGCGGCCGCUACGAAGCCGUGCGAGGGCCCCAGGAGGGCUGCCCGCCAGAACGCCUGAAGGACCCCGCCAGCGCCGCGCGGCUAACCUGCGCCGUGUGCGGUGGCUAGCGCCGUGGCGGGCCAGAACCGAGAGAGCCACGACUCAAGCUGCGUUAGGAAAGGAACCACGUCCUCUCUAAAGGCCGCGUGUCCCCUAGAGGGCCCCUAGCAGCCUGCCCUUGGAAUGGCUGGAUCAGCUGCUUCAAAUGCAAAAUGGUUAUGAACAGUCCCUGACCUUGGAGAUGCAUGUCUACAGAUCUUGCCACUGAGGACAGCUGAGUGUCUUAACAGAAGUGAGAUGACCUCAAUCUUGCGAAGCCCUCAGGCUCUCCAGCUCACUCUAGCCCUGAUCAAGCCUGAUGCAGUCGCUCACCCAGUGAUUCUGGAGGCUGUUCAUCAGCAGAUUCUGAGCAACAAGUUCCUUAUUGUACGAAUGAGAGAACUACUGUGGAGAAAAGAAGACUGCCAGAGGUUUUACCAAGAGCAUGAAGGGCGUUUUUUCUAUCAGCGGCUGGUAGAGUUCAUGGCCAGUGGGCCAAUCCGAGCCUACAUCCUCGCCCACAAGGAUGCCAUCCAGCUCUGGAGGACACUAAUGGGACCUACCAGAGUGUUUCGAGCACGCCACAUGGCCCCAGAUUCAAUUCGUGGGAGUUUCGGCCUUACUGACACUCGCAACACCACCCAUGGCUCAGACUCUGUAGUUUCAGCCAGCAGAGAGAUUGCAGCCUUCUUCCCUGACUUCAGUGAACAGCGCUGGUAUGAGGAGGAGGAGCCCCAGCUGCGCUGUGGCCCUGUGUGCUACAGUCCAGAGGGAGGCGUCCAUCGUGCAGCUGGGUCAGGAGACCCAGGAUCAGCCUGAUGCAGGCCUGCCAGUCUGUGAAGACCAGUGGCAAUGCCCAGACUUUUUUCAUAGACCUCUGGUCCAAAGCCUUCUCCUAGGACCAGAGAAUCCUCAGGUGCCAUCUCUGCUGGGUACCACCACCUGCCAGAGGGCCUAGCUCUUCACUACACAUCCUCCAGAACCUAGCUUUCUAUCUACCUCUUCGGAAUGCUGAUGGUGAUUCAGAAAAGUGAUCACUCCUCUUUUUGGUGAGAACCAUUCAUCCUUCUUCAAGGAGAAGCUUGCC